AUGAGGCUCAUCGGGAACAUGGUGUCUGUGUGGUUUCAGAUCCACACCACCGUGAUCCUCAGUUUAAUCUAUGUGGUGUAUGUUCUUGCUGGGGGUGCUAUUUUCUGGUACCUGGAAGGGAAUCAACUGGAGGAAAACUCCCAUAUUUUUUAUAUAAAGAAGGAAGAAUUACUGCAAAAAUUCAGCUGCAUCGACCAGCAUGCAGUGGAAAACUUUGCCCAGAAAAUAAUUUGGGCAUACAAGAAUGGGUUCACCUUUAAAGGAAACCGAACGCUCAAUGGCUUCUGGCGAUUCAGCAACUCGGCUGUGUUUAGUGCUACUGUUGUCACAACCUUGGGAUAUGGGGACAUGACCCCCACCACGACCCAUGGUCAGCUGUUCUGUGUGCUCUUUGCCCUGGUCGGGAUCCCUCUAAAUGUGGUGGUGCUUAACAAAUUUGGCAAGUUCAUGCUUUCCAUUGAGCAGAGAAUCAGUGAUUACAUCGGAAGAAAGAUAAAUCGCAGGAAAACUGCCCGAGUUCUGAUCACUGGGAUAUCCUUCCUGAUCGGCAUGACAUUGUUUAUCUUCAUCCCAUCAUACGGCUUUCACACCUUCGAGAACUGGACCUAUAAUGAGGGUUUAUACUUCACCAUUAUCACUCUCUCUACCAUUGGCUUUGGGGAUUAUGUUGCAGGAAACAACCCUGACAUUAACUACCCGGUUUGCUACAGAGAGGUUGUAGCCGCUUGGAUUUUCUUUGGACUGGCGUGGCUGUCCCUGGUGAUCAAUUCAUGCAUUGAGAUACUCGAGAAGACCAGCGAGUACUUCAACCAGAGGCAGCUGAAUACUCUUGAGAAUAAAACCAUAGAGGAGACUGUGGAGGAGCCGGCCCCUGCAGAGCCUGGGGAGGAGAUAAGCGAGAGCAAAGAAGAGCCAACAGCACCAGAAUGCUCAUAGAGGAGCAUCUCUGGAAACGAUCUACAACCUGUUCAAUGUGUUUUCCUGCACAAAUUACAUUUUAUAAUACUUUCUAUAUUAUAACCUUCAGUAAGCUCCUCAAUGCUCAAUAAAGUGUCACAGCGGUCAAUCCAUAAAUAACUCUAAAUUAGGUUAGAAAACAAUGAUGGCUAACCACUACGCCUUGGUACGCCAAAACGGCAGUAAAAAUGUCAGCACCCUGGAUGAGAGGAAAAUAUUCUUUCAAUUGGCUUUUAAAACACUCAGUGUGAAAGUAAAAUUGCCCUUGAUUGGUACACAGUUGUAAACAGAGAAAAGGACAACUACCUUUUCUUGUUUUGAAAUCAUUAUGUUAAAAAAUGGAUUUAUUGAAUAUCUGUAUAUUAUUAAAUACUUCUUAAAGGCAAUUUCCACGUCAGCGCAUAGUUUGUUGAAAAUGAAAGUAAGGUUCCGGCAGGUAAAAGAACCCCUGAAUUAAUUGAUUUAAUAUAAAAAAUGUACGGUUAUGUACAGUUGCCUUAUGAGGAUGUCCAUACAUAAACCAUAAACUGUCGAGGCUUGUGGUUUACUGCGACAUCCUCCUGCAGUGAAUAAAAACUAUAUAUACCACGAACGAUCAUUCAAUAUCCUCUUUCUCUUU